AUGACGGGCGGCCGGUUCGACUUCGACGAUGGCGGCACUUACUGCGGUGGCUGGGAGGACGGGAAAGCCCACGGGCACGGCAUUUGCACCGGGCCCAAGGGGCAGGGCGAGUACGCCGGCUCCUGGUCCCACGGCUUCGAGGUGGCGGGCGGCUACACCUGGCCCAGCGGCAACACUUACCUGGGCUACUGGGCGCAGGGCAAGCGGCACGGGCUGGGCGUGGAGACGAAGGGCAGGUGGAUGUACCGCGGCGAAUGGUCCCACGGCUUCAAGGGGCGCUACGGCGUGCGGCAGAGCCUCAGCACACCGGCCCGCUACGAGGGCACCUGGAGCAACGGGCUGCAGGACGGAUACGGCGUCGAGACCUACGGGGACGGAGGUACCUACCAGGGGCAGUGGACAGGAGGGAUGCGCCAUGGCUACGGCGUGCGCCAGAGCGUGCCCUACGGCAUGGCAACUGUGAUCCGCUCCCCGCUCCGCACCUCGUUGGCUUCGCUGCGGAGUGAGCAGAGCAACGGCACCGUUCUGCACGACGCCACCUCAGACAGUCCUGCUGGCACCAGAGGAGGCUUUGUGCUCAAUUUCCACAGCGAUGCAGAAGCCAUUGGCAUUAAGAAGAAAGGAGGCUUGUUCCGAAGAGGAUCCCUUCUGGGGAGUAUAAAACUGCGCAAGUCCGAGUCUCGAUCAUCGAUAUCUAGCAAAAGGAGCUCUGUCAGGAGCGAUGCUGCUAUGAGUAGGAUUAGUUCUAGCGAUGCCAAUUCUACCAUUAGUUUUGGAGAUGGUGACUGUGAUUAUUGCCCUGUGGAAGACCACGUUGAUGCCACCACUACAGAAGCCUACAUGGGCGAGUGGAAGAACGACAAGCGCAGCGGGUUUGGUAUCAGCGAGCGCUCGAACGGGAUGAAAUACGAAGGGGAGUGGCUCAAUAACAGGAGGCACGGCUAUGGAUGUACCAUGUUUCCAGAUGGCACCAAAGAAGAGGGAAAAUACAAAAAUAACGUUUUGGUCCGUGGGAUAAGGAAGCAGCUUAUCCCCAUACGAAACACAAAAACAAGAGAAAAGGUGGACAGAGCAAUAGAGGGUGCACAGCGAGCAGCUGCCAUGGCGAGAACCAAAGUGGAAAUUGCCACUUCAAGAACUGCUCACGCAAGAGCUAAAGCUGAUGCUGCGGAUCAGGCUGCUCAGGCUGCUCGCCAGGAGAGUGACAUUGCAAGAGCAGUUGCCAGAGAACUUUCACCAAAUUUCUACCAACCAGGCCCUGAUUAUAUCAAACAAAAAUUUCAAGAAGGAAUGGAGGUAAAAGAAAAAUCUGAAGAAAAAGUUCAGGAGAAGCCACCUACCCCAAAAGAGUCACCUCACUUCUAUCGAAAAGGUACUACCCCCCCUCAGACCCCAGAAGCAAGUCCAAGGCACAGUCCUCCUCCUUCUUCUGAGUCUUCUCCUUCAAAACAACAGAAAAGGCAAAGCUCCACUUCUGGGGCAAGACUCAAUCAAGACAAAAAGCUCUUAGCCACUGAGAAUAUAACCCCCACGGUUAACAAGCCUUUAUAUUCAAAAGCAUCAGCGAAGGAGGAAGUAGCUGCAAAGCAGCAGCCCAAGUUUUCAGCCCAUCACAACCCCACCAGCACAGAGAAUGGGGAGCUGCAUGGGCACUACCACGGCUACUAUGUCAAAACCAAUCCAGCAGUGCUUCCACAGAUGCUCAGGGAAGAAGAUGAAUAUAUCAACCCCUCCUCGUCAGCACUCGCACGGGUACCAGCCUCACAGAAGCCAAGCCCCACUAGGGCUGGGGGUAAGCCAGAUGCCAAAGAAAACAAACCCCAGACAAAAAUGAAGAAACCAGAGUUUGCUGCGCCAAAGAACUCAGCUCCCAGCGAGCCACACUCGCUGGUGGGAAAGCAAGCACCCAGCAGCUCGGGCCCUAACUCAGUCCUGAUUGCCCUGGUGAUGCUGUUGAACAUUGGCUUAGCCAUUCUGUUUGUCCAUUUUCUAACUUGAUUGGGAUUAGGAAAGCUAUGUCUGAAGGUGGCUGGACGCAGUUGUUUAAUGGUGUAACUGUUUUGACCCUUCAGUGAAGUCAUCACAACUAGUGGUGUUAGCCCACAGUUCUCUGCAGUUGUGUCAUCAGCCUUUAAAUGGCACCUGUCUUGCUCAACCACAGGCAAGGAGGCUUGGAAUUGGGAUGGGACACGAGA